AUGAUUUCUGAACUUUUCUCAGGCCUUUCACAAGACUUUGGACGUCUACUUGACAAUGCUGAUGAUUACAACGUGAUAAUUGAAAUAGGUGAUGGUCCAAAUGUGAAAAAAUUUCAAGCACAUUCAGUUGUUCUUCGUGCUCGUUCUUCGUAUUUCCAUACUGCUUUAUCCAGUGAUUGGUCAAGAAGAGAAAAUGGUUAUAUUGUUUUUAAGCAACUUGGUGUAUCGCCGGCAAUUUUCAGUGCAAUAAUCAACGGAACGAUGUCAUUAGAUGAUAAUGAUACAGAUAUUUUUGAACUUUUGGCUGCUGCUGAUCAAUUUAGUCUUCAUGAAUUACUUAGUUGGCGUAAAGAAGAUUUUUCUGCAUUACAAAAAACAAUUAAUCGAUUAAUUCCACUCAUAAGACUCUUCCAAAUGACUCCUGCUGACUAUUGUCAUAAAGUACGACCUUACAAGCGACUUUUAUCCAAAAAUUUACAAGAAGAUCUCUUACAUUAUUAUCUUGCUAAUGAUACUCCAAAAUCAACUACCGUACUUCCACCAAGAGUUGCUCCUAUUCAAAUUGACUCCGUAUUAAUUGGUCCUCAACACACCGCCUUAAUUGCUCGGUGGAUCGAUAAUGAGUCAGUUAUAAAACAAGGUUCGAAAUAUAAUUUCUUGCUUCUCUUCAGGGCAAGUCGUGACGGAUACUCUAUAAACGCGCUAAAGCAGAAAUGCGCUGAUAAAGGGCCUGUAAUGCUUGUUUUAAAAAUUCAUGAUUCCGGGAGAUUGAUUGGAGGAUACAACUCUAUUGGCUGGAAGACCGAAAAGAUUGGACCUGGGCAAGGUGCAAGUGACAGUUUCGUAUUCACCUUGGGAGACGGAAGGUCUCCUGAUGGCGCUAAAAUAGCACGAAUGAUAUCUACUGCUGCUUCUGACAAAGAUAUCGAUGAUUUAGCAUGGAAUGGACCACGUUUUGGUAAAGGCCCGGAUCUGUGGGUCUGCAUGAAUAAUGAUCAAAGCGGUGAGGCGCGUAAAGUUACUUAUGAAUCUAGCAUUACGGAGACCGAAGGCAGGUUUCGAUGGAUAGAUUGUGAAAUAUUUUCAGUUGUAAAAAAAUGA